AUGAACUCGUCCCAUUUGGCCAGUAGCUCGAAUGCAUUCUACAAAAAGCUCGACAAGGCCGAGAAGGCGCACGAUCGAUCUGGGUUCGGUAACACGUUCAAUUCGGGGAACAGGCCGAGUUUCAUGGACGUCCUGGAUGAUGAUCAUAAUUCGUUAAUUGAUGGGAUGGAUGAUAAACUAAAGAAAGCCGCCUCGUACUUUGAGUUCGACCCUGAGGAAGUAACUAGAGAGGAUUACGCUUUCAGGCCAGAUGUGAAUUUCCUGAGCGGGAUGACUUAUGAUACCAAGGAUCUUGACUUGAGAAAGCCAGGCGUACGUAAGCCUCCCAUAAGGACCGAGUUUGAAACAACAACUGAGGAAGUGUUGCUCAAAGCUGAUUUCAGGAAUGUGCAAUUCCUCGCGAACUUCAUCACUGAAGCUGGCGUCAUUAUCAAGAGGAGCAAGGUAAGGAAAAAUUAA